AUGACCAAACCGCCCCCCCAACCCCCCGCGACGAUUCUCGAGAAUUCCUAUUUAAGCACCCCCGCCCAUUGGAGCUCCAACCGCUCGUCUCGUCUCGUCCCUCUCUUUCUCUCUCUAUCGCUGCGAAGAAUCUGCACUGGAUCUGGAGCGCCAGGACCGGGCCGCCCCGGAAAUCGCCGCGGCGGCGAUGGCCGGAUCGCCGGAGGCCCGCCCGAGCUCCCCGCCGCCUCCUCCGAAGCUCCGGCGGCGGCGGCGGCGGAAAAUAACGGCGGCGUCGGCGGCAGCGGGGGGGAGCAGCAGGACAAUGGAGACGUGGCCGGCGCUGCCGAGGCUUCCAAUGACGGCGACGGCAGUUAUCCAGGAUUUUCUCACAGGAUUAAGUCUAAAGUAAACACCUUGCCUUUGGGAAGGUCAAAUUCCGAAAGAGAGGAAUCAACUUCAAACCAGGUCCGGUUGGAAAGAGCAAAGACUGAGAAACCAACAGCCCCUAAUUUGCUUGCUAAGGAAGCAGCCCAAAUUUUUGAUGACAAAAUUCCUGUCCAGCAGAAGCUUCAACUAUUGAGCAGAAUAGCUACCGUGAAAGAUAAUGGAACUGUGGAAUUUGAAGUUCCGGUUGAUGUUGAAGCUCAAUCUUGUGAUGUCCAAUGCAAAGAUGCUUGCAAUGAAGUCAUUGAUGAUGAGCCCCCUGAUGCCAUGGACAUUCAGUACAUACGGCCCUUGCAGAUAGUUAUGCUUAUUGUGGGUACCCGUGGAGAUGUGCAGCCUUUUGUUGCUAUUGGCAAACGCUUGCAGGAUUAUGGCCAUCGUGUUAGAUUGGCAACUCAUGCCAACUUUAAAGAGUUUGUUUUAACUGCUGGCUUGGAGUUUUUCCCUUUAGGAGGUGAUCCAAAAGUUCUUGCUAAUUACAUGGUUAAAAACAAGGGCUUUUUGCCAUCAGGGCCUUCAGAGAUACCAACCCAACGUAAUCAAAUGAAAGAAAUUAUAUAUUCGUUACUUCCAGCUUGCAAGGACCCAGAUAUGGAUUCUGGCAUUUCAUUCAAAGCAGAUGCCAUCAUCGCCAACCCCCCAGCAUAUGGGCAUACUCAUGUGGCGGAACAUUUAAAAGUACCACUUCAUAUAUUUUUUACUAUGCCAUGGACACCAACUACUGAAUUCCCACAUCCUCUAUCUCGCGUCAAGCAGCCAGCUGGAUACAGACUGUCCUACCAGAUUGUUGAUUCCUUAAUUUGGCUUGGCAUACGGGACAUGAUAAAUGAUGUUAGGAAGAAGAAGCUAAAGCUUCGUCCUGUUACAUAUUUGAGUGGUUCACAAGGCUCUGAUACUGACGUGCCUCAUGGAUACAUAUGGAGCCCUCACCUUGUUCCCAAACCAAAAGAUUGGGGACCCAAAGUCGAUGUGGUUGGUUUUUGUUUCCUUGAUCUUGCCUCGAAUUAUCAACCUCCUGAGCCUCUUUUAAAGUGGCUUCAAGCUGGUGAAAAGCCUAUAUAUAUUGGGUUCGGUAGCCUUCCUGUUCAAGAGCCUGAAAAGAUGACCCAGAUAAUUGUAAAAGCAUUGGAAGAAACUGGACAGAGGGGCAUCAUCAACAAAGGAUGGGGUGGCCUUGGAAACUUGGCAGAACCUAAGGACUUUAUAUACUUGUUGGACAACUGCCCUCAUGACUGGCUCUUUUUACAGUGCAAGGCUGUGGUGCAUCAUGGUGGUGCUGGAACAACAGCUGCUGGUCUAAAAGCUGCUUGCCCAACAACUGUUGUACCUUUCUUUGGUGAUCAACCUUUCUGGGGAGAACGAGUACAUGCCAGAGGUGUAGGUCCCCCGCCAAUACCAGUAGAGGAAUUCUCACUUCCCAAAUUGGUUGAUGCAAUAAAGUAUAUGCUGGAACCCGAGGUGAAAGAGCGUGCACUUGAGCUUGCCAAGGCCAUGGAGAACGAGGAUGGGGUGACUGGAGCGGUGAAAGCAUUCUUUAAGCAUCUGCCGUCUCGCGAACCUGUUCAAGACCCUGAGCUGCCACACUCAAGUCUCUUCUCUCUCAGUAGAUGUUUUGGUUGCGCCUGAAUUGGCAGCAGUCCGGAUCGCGGCUUUCUUAACAGCACACUUGCUCAAGAAUAUGGUCUCCCAAUGCCUUUUAGUGACAGAAAAAUACUAGCCCAUAGUCAUGAAUUCAUUUGUACAGAUCUAGGGCUCAAGUCCCGUUUGUUGUUGUAAUUAUUCUAUUUUCACUAUAGUAAUUAUUCGGUCAGAGCAACCGUUUCUUGCGCUUGUAGUCCAUGCACUUCCGUCUCUGGAUGUGCUUCAUGUUUCUGUAUAAUGUGGAUUGAGAUGUUCCAGACAA